AGUGACGCUAGCUUCACGGUGUUUGUUGACAGACGGAAAAAAAUCGAAAGAGGUUAUGUUUAGCAUAAAAUUGAAUUUCAAGUGAUCUAUUGUUCAGUUUCUAUUUUCAUGUUCAUUGAUGCAAUAAAUUUGAUAAUUACACUACGACGUCUGAUACUCUUUAGUACUGUGUACUAUUAAAAAUAGUUGAAUAUAUAAGUAUACUUUUUUUUUUAAAUAAUGUCAGUAAUAACCUGUAUUGCACCUGUAAACAUAGCUAUAAUAAAAUAUUGGGGAAAGCGGGAUGAAGAUUUGAUCCUACCAUUGAAUGAUUCUAUUAGCACCACACUUUCCAUGGAACAGAUGAGAGCAACAACAACCAUAAUGCAGAGUCCAGAUUUUGACAAGGAUAGAAUAUGGCUCAAUGGGAAGGAGGAGUCUUUUGACAAUCCCAGACUUAUCAGAUGCCUAACAGAAAUGAGAAGACUUGCUGGUGACUCACCACAGAAAGACUGGAAAAUCCACAUAUGUUCGGAAAAUAACUUCCCUACCGCAGCCGGAUUAGCCUCUUCUGCUGCAGGUUACGCAUGCCUAGUGUACACACUGUCCAAGGUGCUGAGAGUGGAAGGGGAUGUGACAGCUGUGGCACGGCAAGGCUCAGGCUCGGCUUGUCGUAGCCUUGCAGGAGGUUUUGUGCACUGGGCUCGUGGUGACAGAGCUGAUGGCACGGAUUCUAUAGCAAAAGAGAUCUUCCCUCUCGUGCACUGGCCUUCACUCAGGGUCCUCAUAUUGGUGGUAACAGAUAAAAAGAAGAAAGUGAGUAGCACGAGUGGUAUGCAGCGUUGUGUGGAGACCAGUGAACUACUACAGUACCGAGUUAGCCACAGCGUGCCUAGGAGGGUGCAGGAUAUCACAAAGGCAAUAGCUUCAAAGGAUUUUAGAACGUUUGCAGAGGUGAUGAUGAAGGACAGUAACCAGUUCCACGCUACAGCACUGGACUCCUUCCCACCAGCUGUUUACAUGAAUGAUGUAUCUCAUAGCAUUGCAGAAAUGGUGCAUACAUAUAACAAUAUAUGUGGCUCUACAAAGUUGGCAUACACAUUUGAUGCAGGCCCUAAUGCCUGUCUCUACCUAGAAGCAGCAGACGUCCCUGAAGUGGUCGCUCUGGUGACUAGAGUGUUUCCACCUAGUCCUGAUAUUGUUGGGGAGUACGUCACUGGACUGCCUGUUUCACAGGCUCAAUUACCUCAGAAUCUCAGAGCAAAUUUUGAACCAAGCGAGGCAGGACUGCUGCAGUACUGUAUCCUCACAGAGCUAGGUUCAGGACCUAAAGAGUUAACCGACCCCCGAUGUCAUCUGUUAGCAGAGGAUGGGACUCCCAAACAUCUGACCUCCUAGUUAUCUGCCUUAGUGUAUUCAAUCAAUAUUAUGUGUCAAUCAAUAAUUUUAUAUAACUUUGCAUUUAACUGAUGAUUGACAAAGGAAAGAAGUUAAAUAUUAUCAAGUUUGAAUAGCUUAAUACUUUGGCACAAUUAUAAUGUAAAUACUAUAAUAUUUAUUACCAAUUAAUAUAUGAAAGUAUAUAUAAAAAUAUCAUUUUAGCAUGAUUAUGCAUACAAACUUAAAACCUUCUGCUUCAAUGACAAACUCGAUUCAAUGAAGUGGAAAGAUGUAUGUUGGCAUACAAGCAUACCUGUUGAUACUGCUCUACUACUAUCCAACCCCCUAUUAACCCUUCCUUCAAGUACUUGUGUUUCCCUUCUACUGGAAUGAAUUUCUAUGCAAAAAUCACUUCUUUAGGAAUCUUUGUUUAAAAUUGUUUCAAAGACAAUAAAUUACAGGCUUAAUCUAGGUUACUGUUUUCGUUAAAGAAAAAUAAUAAUUAUUCCAAACAUCAUAACCUGUUACCAACUAUUUGUAACUUGAGAGCUCAAAUAAUCUGUAAACAGUAAAUGGUCUUUUAAGUAAAAUCUGUAUACAAAUGUUGUAGGGUAGAUUUUUAUCCAAACAAACUCAAAACAAUCCUUCUUGAGAACUACUAUUUUACAACAGAAAUAAUUUUACAAAAUCAUUAUUUUCAACAUAUUGCAAAAUAAUCUGAACUACAGUAUUUGAGUUAAUCGAAGGUUUAUACAGAAAUUGGGUUUUUAUAUCUAAUCCAUAUCUAUUUUUGGUGUCUUCAAACCAACAAGAGUAUACUUUACACUAUAAUUUUAUAUGCUAACAUUUAUGUAAAAAAAUUGUAUAAUUAUUUUGAAUGAAAAUUAUUUAUUUAAAACAUUUAUAUUUAUUGUUAAGGAUUACGAUUUUAACUCUUAUCAAAUUAAUAUAGAAAUUUAUUAGCAACUGAACACAGUUGCAGGUAAUUGUACUUUUCUUUUAGUUCUGUAGAUCUCUGAAGAGUAUCUGUAUUGUUGAAAGAUUCAUGGCCCACAAGUUCUAUCAACAUCUUUGUAGGGAGGGGGGAUUACUCCAGCAAAACAUAUGUAAAGGAGACCUUGUGGCAAUCUGAUGUGGCUACUAGCUGCAGCAUCCAUUUGUAAAAUGUUUUAUUCCUCUCUAAAAUGUUGUAUUAUGAAGGCAACAUUCUUGGUGACUACAGGUGCUCACAGACUGUACACUCUCGGUUGUUUAUAAGGGUUGUAGUGAUAGGACUGGCGAGUCGGCACAUACAAACUUGGACAACGCCAGCCUAGUCACUUGCACCACAAUGGAGGUGCUCAUGGUCUUGUGAAUCACAGACACCAGCUCCAGAAUAGUGUGUAUCUGUGACAGCCAAGUGUCCACUGUCGCUUGCCACUCACUGUGAUUCAUUUCACUGAACUCGGCAGUUUGAGAUUCCUUAUGUUCGCAAUCUGAGAUGCCAGAAACGGGUACAUAUUUUUUCUAGAUACAUCCCCACACCGUUUUUAUUUGUCAUAACGGGUUUUUAUAAAUUUGACUGACAAAGAAACUGACAUAUUUAUAUUAUGAUACUGUCCAUAAUAUGAAUAUAUUUAUAGUAUUAUGUAGUUAAUUUUGAACAAAAUAACACAAAUAUAGGAAGACUUAUGAAAAAAGAUCUGCAUAUUGCUCAAAACACCCUGCCAGUUAGAGAAAAAAAAUAUAAACAGUGGUUAAUAAUUUUUAAAAAUCAAUAGUCAUUGCAUUAAAUUAUGUAUAUUAAGUUUUAAACAUUUUGUAUAACAAUCAUAAAAUUUAUUAAGAAUUGUUCAUAACUGAAAAAUAUUUAAAACCCUGUCAGUUCCAAGGUUAAAAGAAUAAAACAAACUCUACAUGAGCUGCGUGCAGCAUCCUGUCAUAGAAUAAAUUGUCACAUCUUGCCUACAGUGGCCUUAUCUAUGUUAAUAAAAUAUGAUUGCAAUGGAUUUGGAUAAAAAGUUGUGAAGCAUACAUAACAUAGAAUUAAGAAUGUAUAAAGAUGAAAAGACUGGAGAAGUUCACAUGUUUUACUAAAGUGAAACCUUUAAACCAGGAUGUGUUCAACAAACUUUAGAUGAAAAUAAUCAGUAUGACGCCAUGCAAAGUGAUACAAAUUUAAAAUUGAGAUUUCUGGUAUUGUAGAAAUCUUUAUUAAUUCAUAAGAAAUAUAAGAUAAAUACAGAGCAGCAUAGUGUUUUCUAAAGUGAUAAAAUAUUCUUUGCAUUAAAGCAAAAAUUUAAAAGCAACUUAUUUAAAAGCAAAAAUUGUUUGUAUGUUUGUUCAACCCUUAAGCAAAAGAUCUGUUGCAGCUCCCACAAAAUUUAGUCACUGGUUCAAAAUUUAAACCUACAAUUGCUAAAAUAUUCAAGUAUAAAGAUCUCUUCUUUUUCAAGUGUAAUCCAAGCCAACAUGUAUUUUGUUUUUAAGUAAGUUGAUUAGUUUUAAUGUGGCAAUUUUUAUAUGUGAAGAGGAAAAUUUUUAUACCUCUCAACUAACAAGUUCUGUGAACACUUCCUUUCAAAUUUUACUUUAAUAAUUAAAACCCUCUUCUACUUAAUCAUAAUUUUAUGUAGCUAUGUCUAGGACGCGUACAAAAUUUUGUUAUUAAAUAAAAUUAAAAAGAUAUUUAAAGAAAUUUGAGUACAAGAAGGUCAAAAUAGAUAUAUUUAGUGUUAUGAGGACAAAAUAGGGAUAUUUACUACAAAAUCUACCCUGUGACCUAACAUCUAACAACUCAAUAGUGUAAUUGUUAAAGUAAGCAUCACUGAGACAAAUGUAGAAAGACUGACGUUAUUGCUUUUGAAGUUACAUUUUUUAGUAAUUGGUUAGUUGAAUUAUUGGUGAUGGAUUUGCAUUAUGCAUUAAUAUUGUUUAUUUAAAUUUAAAUGG